AUGUCAUUUAAUCAUCCUUUAAUAGCUAAAUUAAAAAAUUAUAAAUUAAUUUUAGGGUCUACUUCACCAAGACGACAAGAAAUAUUGAAAACUAAUUUAGGAAUACAUGAUUUUGGAAUCCUUGGAUCUAAUUUUGCUGAAGAUCUUUCUAAAGAUGAUAAGUCACCUUUAGAAUAUGUUCAAUUGACAAGUAAACAUAAAGCAGAAGCUAUAGUAGCAAGCCUAGGUAUUAAGGAAAACGGAGGAUUGGCCACACUUAUUCUUACUUGUGAUACUAUUAUAAGUUGUAACAACAAAGUGUUUGAAAAACCAAUAACCAAAGAGGUACAAAGACAAUUUUUCAAUUAUUUUAAACAGUUUCCUGAAUUACAAGUGAUAUCGGCAUUAACUUUGAUUAUAAUAGAUAAAGAUAAUGCUACAACUGAGUUUUCUGAUUAUACUAUUACCAAGUUACGAUUUAAAACUGAUGAUGAUGAUGAGAUUAUUAAUGCAUAUAUAGAAAGUGAAGAAGGUUUAGAAGUUGCUGGUGGGUUUAAAUAUCAAGAAUUAGGAGGUUUAUUGUUUGAAUCUAUUGAUGGUGAUUAUUUAAAUGUUGUAGGAUUACCAUUAAAGACAUUUGAUUUAUUACAUAGGAGUAUUUAG